CUCCGGGGUGCCCUGCACUGAGCCUCCCUCGGUGAGGAGAAGGAGGCAGCAGCCUGCAGAGGAAGAGGAAGUUCCCGGUUGCUGUAGCAGCAUUUGAGGAAGUCCCUCAGCAAGCAGAAUACCCGUAGCUAACCGUGACAGUGGAGGAAGCCAGAGAAGGGGGAAUGGAGCGCCGGGCUUCAGAAUUCAGAUAUCACAGCUAAAAAAAAGGCGUGGAUGCCAUUUUGAAGCUCACCACGCGUUGGAGAAAUGAACUGAGGUGGAGCUCCCCCGUCCCACGAUGGAGGAAGGGGCAUCCCUGCCCGUGGCUGAAUGGCUCAGAGCCCUUCACCUGGACCAGUACCUGGAGAGCUUUGAGAAGAAUGACCUCUGGAAGGUGUCGGACUGCAGGAACCUGACGGAUGAGGCGCUGACCCGGAUCGGGAUCUUGCUGCCGGGCCAUCGCAAGCGCAUCCUCUUUGGGCUCCAGAAGGCCUUCAUGGAGACUCCGUCAGCCACGGAGGGGCCUGUGGUAGCAGCGAGGAGGCCGGUCCCCAUGAAACGCAACAUUUUCCGGGUCAGCGCGGAUGCCGUGACCACCCAGGCAGAGCCGGAGCUCAAAGGUGACUCGGUCAUGCCAGCCAGCAGGAAGUCUCCUCUUCUCACGGAGCUGGAGAACCCUGCCGGCCUCUGCCAGGUGCCCCCACCCAUCCCCCCCAGACUGGGGUGUCGCCCUCCCGUCAAGUUCUCCUCAGCGUCGCCUCCUGUCUCUGCCGAACUGUCCCCCACUGUCCCCUGUCGCUCCGAACCGCCCCCCUUUACUGACUUUGCCCCUCCGCUGCCCGCUCCUCUGCCAGCUAGAGACAAGCUCUCUCUGGGGCCAGUGGUCCCUGAAGGGAAGGGGAAACCACCGCUGCCCCCUUUGCCCGUGAAACGCCACCAGCUGGAGACCAAGCCCCUCUCCCUCAAGGUGCCCCCCCUGCCAAGCCGACCGCCCUUGCUGCCACCAAGGGCUUUGUCCCAGAGGACGGCCACCAGCUUUCCUGAUAGAGAGGAAUGCCAAGCCCCUGAGCCGGUGCCUAUUGUCCCACCCCCUCUGCCUCCUGUCCCUCCCCCUCUGAAACCACAACAAGAGAGCCCCCCGGAACUGCCUUCCAGACCAGUCGAUCUCCUCCUGCCGGAGUUCGACGACUCUGACUAUGAAGAACCCCCGUGGGAGGAGGAAUUGGCAGCUACCGCAGGAGAAAUGAGUGACAAGGACGAUGCCGAGACCAUGAGGGGGCGGCUGCGCUCGGAGCGAGUCAACAGCCUGUUCAGCGAGGACGAGCUCAUUGAAGACUAUUACGACCAGCCCGCUGCCAACGACAGCAGCUGUUGGAAUGACUAUGGCUUGAGCACCCUGCAGUCCAGCGACACCGUCUCCUCCCGCAGCUCCAGCAUGCACAGCGGCAGCACAGAGGGGUUGGACGCCUCCACCCAGCUCUUGCCCAUCAUCAAAGCCGGGUGGCUGGACAAGAACCCGCCCCAAGGCUCAUACAUCUACCAGAAGCGCUGGGUGAAGCUAGAUGCCGACUACCUCCGUUAUUUUGACAGCGAAAAGGACACAUACUCCAAGCGCUUCAUUCCGGUGACCUCAAUAGCCCGCGUGGCCAGCAUCGGGGACCAGAAAUUCGAGGUGAUCACUAACAACAGGACCUUCGCCUUCCGGGCUGAGAGCGAUGCGGAUCGUAACGAGUGGAUGAGGACCCUCCAGCAGAUGGUGGACGAGCGGAAGUUCAAGGGCUUGAAUAGGAUAUCCCUGUUCCAGCCGCCCACGGGCGCCUUGGACUCGGUGGACAAGUGCGGGCUGCUGGAGCUGCGGGGCUUUAAGAACAAGCUGUACGUGGUGGUGGCUGGAGAUAAGGUUUUCCUGUACAAGAACGCUGAGGAUUAUCGACAGGGGAUCGGAAUCACUUACAUUGAGAUGAAUGUGGGGAAUGUGAAGGACGUGGACAGAAGAGGAUUUGAUCUGACGACGCCUUACAGGAUCUUCAGCUUCUCAGCAGACUCGGACCAGGAGAAGGACGAGUGGGUGGAGGCCAUGCAGCAGUCCAUCGCUGAGGCCCUCUCCAACUCGGAGGUAGCGGAGAAGAUCUGGUCGGUGGAGGCAAACCGGUUCUGUGCAGACUGCGGGUCGCCCAAACCCGACUGGGCCUCCGUCAACCUUUGUGUCGUCAUCUGCAAGAGAUGCGCAGGAGAACAUCGGGGGCUGGGGCCGAGCAUCACCAAAGUGCGGAGCCUGAAGAUGGACAGAAAGGUGUGGACGGAGGAGCUGGUCGAGCUGUUCUGCCAGGUUGGGAACUGCGUGGCGAACCAGUUCUGGGCAGCCAACGUGCCCCCCAGCGAGGCCAUCCACGUGGCGAGCGGGAGCCAGGAGCGGAGACGCUUCCUCAUAGCCAAGUACAAGGAGGGCAAGUAUCGGCGCUACCACCCACUCUUCGGGAACCAGGAGGAGCUCAACAAGGCCCUGUGCGCUACGGUGACGACCAGCGACUUGGCUGAAACUCAGUCCCUGGUGUUCUGCGGGGCGGAGGUGAGCUGCUUCUCCGGGGACCCCGACUUCCCGAACCCCAUCGCCUUAGCCGAGCAGGCUGGACAGAAGCUGCAGAUGGAAUUCCUGCUUCAUAACAAAAACUCAGAGAUCCCGCGGGUGGAAGCGGGGAGCAGCGAGGAGAAGCACUACUCGGUGAUCCUGCCGUCCGUCACUCACAACGGCUUCCUCUUCAAGACGCCCUCCAUGGCCAAGCUGGUGCAUGAACGGAAAUCCCGGGAAGAAUUCAGCCGCCGCUGGUGCACCCUCAAUGACAGCAUCUUCAGCUACUAUGAGAACGACCGCAACGCCGUGCCUAACGGCGAGAUCAAGAUGGAGGAGAUUGUGUGCCUGGUGAACAACCCGCCUGACACCCACGGGUUUGAGAGCACAUUUGAGGUCUACAUCGAAUCGGAGAGACUGUACCUCUUUGGGCUGGAGAACCCGGAGGCCAUUCGGAAGUGGGUCAAGUCCAUCGCCAAGUCCUUUAUCCACCCCCGAGCGGAUGAGCUGCUGAGUCACGACUUCGAGCGGAUCGGACGGCUGCAGUACAAGGGCGGCCUGAACUUGGAGCGGGCCAAGGAGGGCUGGUUCGCCCUCACCCAGUCCGUCCUCUACGCCCUCCUCGAGGACAGUGACAAGGAGGAGGCUGUGCACCUGAAGAAGCUGCAGGAGCUCUCCGUCCAAGGGGACAGUCUGGUUCUGGUGGAGAGAAGAAGGACGCUGUACAUCCAAGGGGAGAGGAAACUGGAUUUCUUGGGCUGGGUGGCUGCCAUCCAGAAGGCUGCGGGGAGCUCCGGCGACACGUUGUCCGAGCAGCAGCUCACGGAGUCGGACAUUCCCGUCAUUGUAGACAGAUGCAUCGAUUACAUCACGCAGUGCGGGCUGACCUCGGAGGGGAUCUACAGGAAGAGCGGCCAAAACUCCAAGACCACCAGCCUGCUGGAGAUGCUCCGAAAGGACGCACGCAGGGUCCGGCUCAAGGAAGGGGAGCACCAGGUGGACGACGUCUCCAACACGCUGAAGAGGUUCUUCCGAGACCUCGGGGAUGGGCUCUUCACCAAAGAGUUCUGCCAGGACUGGCUGAAGGCAGCAGCGAUUGAAAACGAGGAGGAGAAGAUCGGCCAGUACCGCCAGCUGCUGAGCAGCCUCCCCGUGGUGAACAGAGCCACAGUCAAAGCACUGAUCAACCACCUGUACCGGGUCCAGUACUUCUCCGAGAUGAACCAGAUGAACACACACAACCUGGCGAUCGUCUUCGGGCCGACGCUCUUCCAGACGGACGGGAAGGACUACAAGGCGGGGCGCGUGGUGGAGGAUCUCAUCAGCCGCUACGUGGUCAUAUUUAGCGUGGACGAACAAGAGAUGAGGAAACAGCAGGACGAGAUCACAGCCAUCAUCAAGAUGCGGAUAGCCGGCUCGUCCAGUGGAACCCAGCAAGCCGGGGACUUCAUCUGCACAGUGUAUCUGGAGGAGAAGAAGACGGAAGCGGAGCAGCACGUCAAGAUCCCAGCCACCAUGACGGCAGAAGAGCUGACCUUCGAGAUCUUGGAGCGGAGGAAAAUCGAUACAAAGGAGAAGGAGUACUGGAGCUGCUUCGAAGUGAAUGAGAGGGAGGAAGCAGAGCGGCCCUUGCACUACUCUGAGAAAGUCCUGCCUAUCUUGCACGGCCUGGGGACGGACAGCUACCUCGUGGUGAAGAAGCAGCUGUCCAUGGAGAACAUGCUUAUCUAUCUAGCCAGCAGAGUGAGCGACAGCAAGCACGGCAUGAUGAAGUUCCGGGAGGAGAGGAACCUGCUGGGGCUCGGGCUGAGCACGGGCUUCCACGACCGAUACUUCAUCCUGAACAACAGCUGUCUGAGGCUCUACAAGGAAGUGCGGAGCUUGAAGCAGCGGAUGCCUGCCGUGGAAAACAGCCACAGACCGGAGAAAGAGUGGCCAGUCAAGAAUCUGAAAGUCUACCUGGGAAUUAAGAAGAAACUUCGCCCUCCAUCCUGCUGGGGAUUCACGGUGUUGUAUGAAAACGAGAAGCAUGAAAAGCAACAGUGGUACCUGUGCUGCGAUACGCAGAUGGAGUUGCGGGAGUGGUUCGCAUCCUUCCUCUAUGUACAGAACGGUGGGAACGUGUGGCCCUCCGAAUCCUCCAAGGUGCGGGCGUCGCGGACGCAGCAGGACUCCAGGUUGGGUAACAUCUCGCUCAUCCCUCUGCGGGGCAAUGAGAAUGAGAUGAGGAACAGUGUGGCUGCUUUUGCUGCUGAUCCGCUAACUCUUCUUCGAAACGUAUGA